AGAGGCGCUUUCGGCUUCCAAGGGGGAAGUGCUGGGCUAUAAUUAAUGUUUUUAUUAAAUUUGGAGGGAAGUUUUUGCAGCCUUUCGCCUAGCGUGGCCUUCAGGUUGAUAGAAGUCCAGAUCCUGAGGAAAUCUCCAGCUAAAUGCUCAAAAUAUAAAAUACUGAGCUGAGAUUUGCGAAGAGCAGCAGCAUGGAUGGAUUUUAUGACCAGCAAGUGCCUUACAUGGUCACCAAUAGUCAGCGUGGGAGAAAUUGUAACGAGAAACCAACAAAUGUCAGGAAAAGAAAAUUCAUUAACAGAGAUCUGGCUCAUGAUUCAGAAGAACUCUUUCAAGAUCUAAGUCAAUUACAGGAAACAUGGCUUGCAGAAGCUCAGGUACCUGACAAUGAUGAGCAGUUUGUACCAGACUAUCAGGCUGAAAGUUUGGCUUUUCAUGGCCUACCACUGAAAAUCAAGAAAGAACCCCACAGUCCAUGUUCAGAAAUCGGCUCUGCCUGCAGUCAAGAACAGCCCUUUAAAUUCAGCUAUGGAGAAAAGUGCCUGUACAAUGUCAGUGCCUAUGAUCAGAAGCCACAAGUGGGAAUGAGGCCCUCCAACCCCCCCACACCAUCCAGCACGCCAGUGUCCCCACUGCAUCAUGCAUCUCCAAACUCAACUCAUACACCGAAACCUGACCGGGCCUUCCCAGCUCACCUCCCUCCAUCGCAGUCCAUACCAGAUAGCAGCUACCCCAUGGACCACAGAUUUCGCCGCCAGCUUUCUGAACCCUGUAACUCCUUUCCUCCUUUGCCGACGAUGCCAAGGGAAGGACGUCCUAUGUACCAACGCCAGAUGUCUGAGCCAAACAUCCCCUUCCCACCACAAGGCUUUAAGCAGGAGUACCACGACCCAGUGUAUGAACACAACACCAUGGUUGGCAGUGCGGCCAGCCAAAGCUUUCCCCCUCCUCUGAUGAUUAAACAGGAACCCAGAGAUUUUGCAUAUGACUCAGGCUGUAUGUUUGAAAAGGGCCCCAGGCAGUUUUAUGAUGACACCUGUGUUGUCCCGGAAAAAUUCGAUGGAGACAUCAAACAAGAGCCAGGAAUGUAUCGGGAAGGACCCACAUACCAACGGCGAGGAUCACUUCAGCUCUGGCAGUUUUUGGUAGCUCUUCUGGAUGACCCUUCAAAUUCUCAUUUUAUUGCCUGGACUGGUCGAGGCAUGGAAUUUAAACUGAUUGAGCCUGAAGAGGUGGCCCGACGUUGGGGCAUUCAGAAAAACAGGCCAGCUAUGAACUAUGAUAAACUUAGCCGUUCACUCCGCUAUUACUAUGAGAAAGGAAUUAUGCAAAAGGUGGCUGGAGAGAGAUAUGUCUACAAGUUUGUGUGUGAUCCAGAAGCCCUUUUCUCCAUGGCCUUUCCAGAUAAUCAGCGUCCACUGCUGAAGACAGACAUGGAACGUCACAUCAACGAGGAGGACACAGUGCCUCUUUCUCACUUUGAUGAGAGCAUGGCCUACAUGCCGGAAGGGGGCUGCUGCAACCCCCACCCCUACAACGAAGGCUACGUGUAUUAACACAAGUGACAGUCAAGCAGGGCGUUUUUGCGCUUUUCCUUUCUUCUGCAAGAUACAGAGAAUUGCUGAAUCUUUGUUUUAUUUCUGUUGUUUGUAUUUUAUUUUUAAAUAAUAAUACACAAAAAGGGGCUUUUCCUGUUGCAUUAUUCUAUGGUCUGCCAUGGACUGUGCACUUUAUUUGAGGGUGGGCGGGAGUAAUCUAAACAUUUAUUCUGUGUAACAGGAAGCUAAUGGGUGAAUGGGCAGAGGGAUUUGGGGAUUACUUUUUACUUAGGCUUGGGAUGGGGUCCUACAAGUUUUGAGUAUGAUGAAACUAUAUCAUGUCUAUUUGAUUUCAUAACAACAUAAGAUAAUGUUUAUUUUAUCUGGGUAUCUAUGGUACAGUUAAUUUCACGUUGUGUAAAUAUCCACUUGGAGACUAUUUGCCUUGGGCAUUUCCCCCUGUCAUUUAUGAGUCUCUGCAGGUGUACAAAAAACCCCAAUCUACUGUAAAUGGCAGUUUAAUUGUUAGAAAUGACUGUUUUUGCACCACUUGUAAAAAGGUAUUUAGCGAUUGCAUUUGCUGUUUGUUGUUUUAUUUUGCUUUAUAUAUGACUUGCAGAGGAUAACCAUAAAAUGGGUGAUUCUCUCUGAAGUUGAAUAAUCACCAUGACUGUAAAUGAGGGGCACAAUUUUGGACUCUGGCUCCAAACUGAGUCAUAGGCCAGUAGCAUUACGUGUAUCUGGUGCCACCUUGCUGUUUAGAUACAAACCAUACUAUCUUUUAAAUAUUUUGAAGCCCAUUUCAGUUAAAUAAUGACAUGUCAUGGUCCUUUGGAAUCUUCAUUUAAAUGUUAAAUCUGGAAUCAAAAUGAAGCAAAAAAAUCUGUCUCCUUUUCACUUUCUUCAGUACAUAAAUACAUUAUUUAAUCAAUAAGAAUUAACUGUACUAAAUCAUGUAUUAUGCUGUUCUAGUUACAGCAAACACUCUUUAAGAAAAUUAUCCAAUACACUAAAUAGGUACUAUAGUAAUUUUUAGACAUGGUACCCAUUGAUAUGCAUUUAAACCUUUUACUGCUGUGUUAUGUUGAUAACAUAUAUAAAUAUUAGAUAAUGCUAAUGCUUCUGCUGCUGUCUUUUCUGUAAUAUUCUCUUUCAUGCUGAAUUUACUAUGACCAUUUAUAAGCAGUGCAGUUAACUACAGAUAGCAUUUCAGGACAAAAUAGAUGACUCAAACCAUUUAUUGCUUAAAAAAUAGCUUACGCCAUGCUAUGCUAUAAGCAGCUUUUAUGCACAUUGACAAAUGAAGAGUAAGCUUCAGCUUGCUAAAGGAAACUGUGGAACCUUUUGUAACUUUUGGUGAUAUGGAAAAUUAUUUACAAACCGUCAAAGAAUAUGAGGAAGUUGCUGUAUGACAUAGUGCUGGCACUGAUAUUAUCCAUCAUCUCUUUUUGGACACUUCCGUAAAUGUGAUUGGAUUGUUUGAAAGAAGAUUUAAAGUUUCAAAGUUUUUUGUUUUGUUUUUGCUUUGCAUUUGGAGAAAAUAUUGAAAGCAGGGUAUGUUGUUUCAUUCACCUGGAAAAAACCAUGAGUAAAUGGAGAUAUAGAAUCUCUGAAUAGCUCGCUAAAAGAUUCAAGCAAGGGACAUGAAUUUUGUUCCAUCUAUCAAUAAUAUCCAGAAGAACAACUUUUUUAAAGAGUCUAUAGCAAAAAGCAAAAAAAAAAAAAAAAAAAAAAAUCUAAACACAAAGUCAAAAUAAACCUAUUGUAAAAGCAUUUCGUGAUGAGCAUGAAAAAGAUUGUUUAAAGAUGAUCCCCCCAGCUACCCAUUUUCCAAAACUACACAGAUCACAGCUCAUUUCUCUAAGUGGAGCAGUUAUCAAGAAACCCAAACACCAAAAUUGCUACUCUUCACAUUUAAUCCUACAAAAAAUACUCCAAUUUCAAAAUAUGUAUGUAACCUGCGAUUUCAAUGAUUGUUGUUCAUAUACAUCAUGUAUUAUUUUGGCCCAUUAUGGGCCUAAAAAAGAAAACUAUGCCUUAAAAAUCAGAACCUUUUCUCCCCACUAUGCUUAUGUGGCCAUCUACAGCACUUAGAAUAAAAACAGAUGUUAAAAUAUUCAGUGAAAGUUUUAUUGGAAAAAGGAAUUGAGAUAUAUAAUUGAGAUUUGGUGAAAUUGAAGGAGAAAAUUUAAGUGAGUCUUUAAAAUAUAUUCUGAAUGAAAACUGUAUUGAGGAUUCAUUUUUGUUCCUUUUUUUUCUUUUUCUCUUUUCUCCUUUUUCUUUUUAAUAGUCUAGUUUUAGUCAGUCAGUGAGGGAGAAUUGGGCUCUGCUAACGUUAUCACAAGAGAACAAUGGCAGAAAUGGUAUUAGUUAUAUAAUAUUUAAGGACAAACUAAAUGUUUUGCUAUUUUAACGUAGUGACUCACUGAACUAAAUACAUAAUUGACCAACAUUAAGUGUAUUUCCAAUACAGAAGGGUUGAAAAUAUUACAUUAUAAACUCUUUUGAAAAAUGUAUCUAAAAUUUUUUAAGUUCUGUUUUGAUUCCACUUUUUGGUUGAGUUUUUAUGUUUUUAUUUUCAGGUAGAUUAAUAAAUCUGGCAGCUGAUUUCUGCAAGA